AUGGACGAUCCCGGAUGGUCAUGGCCUGCCUGGAAGUUUGGGAUGAAGAGGGACGAACUCUUCACCGGACUUCAUGAUCGAUACAACACAAUCGCCUUCUCUAUUCAGGAUCCCGAGGCCUUCCACCAUGAUGUUUACGAAAUUUCCAAUACCGCAAGCACAGUCGAUGAGUUCCACCGCAUGCUAGCUGACCGCAAGCAACUUCGGCUGAACGAGCUGAACCAGAGCCUAGAGUCCGCCUCUGUCGAGAUCAUCGCUAACCCGAGCCUUAUCGGUACUCAACAGUGGCAAUACGCUCUACAGCUUUUCCGCACCAAAUCGCUGGACUCCCUUGUAAGAUACUUCGCGUCUUAUCUUCCAGAUGAUCAUCCCUGGCAUCAAUCCGCCGACGAUCCAACAUCGAAACCAUUCUUCGACGAUCUGGAGGACGAUGUUCCUGUCAUGACGCAUGAACCCCUCACUAUUGAUACUAGUUCUUGUAUUCCGGCUAGCCAUCUUCCUCCUUCGCCCCGAUCUCUUACGAUGUGUUCGGAUGAUUCUGCGGUGUCAACCCCAGCGCGAACAUUAUCAUUCUCAGAACCUGAAACGGACGCGAUGGUGCUAUCGGGAACCCUGUCCCGCGGCUUCGACGACGAGGAAACAUCACAGUCGGACGAACCUGAUACGCCAAUCACUUCUGUGUCCGAUAUGUCGGAUAUAGAGUCCCUGGAAUCUCAGCCAGAGGAGGAGGAGGAGGAGGAGGAGGGUAUCGCGGAUGAGAGCAAGCCAACCCAAAUCGAAUACCAAAAGGAUGGUCACUUUACCAGACCUGAUAGCACAUUCCGCGAUUUCAUCUCUGCAGACCCUAACUCAAAAUUCCCUGCAGAAAAAGGUCGCUAUGUGUUAUAUAUUUCCGGCGGCUGUCCGUGGGCGCAUCGCACCAACAUCCUGCGCUCCUUAAAGCGCCUUGAAGAUAUUAUUGACUUAUAUUACCUGAGCUCAUCCAUGAGCGACAAGGGUUGGUGGUUCGACGGCUCGAAUGGCAGUCCAUCGAAAGACCCUUUAUACGGCUUUACGUAUCUACGAGAACUGUACUUUAAAGUAGACCCCAGCUUCAACAGCAGGUUUACCGUACCAGUCCUAUGGGACAAGAAGACCGAAACUAUCGUCAACAACGAGUCUAGCGAGAUUAUACGCAUGUUAUACACUGCGUUUGACGCUUUGAUCCCCGAGGAGUUCCGGGAGGUUAAUAAGCCUGGAGGCGGCCUUUACCCGGAACACUUGCGCAAGGAGAUCGAUGAGAUCAACGAAUGGGUCUACAACACGGUCAACAACGGCGUGUACAAGAGCGGAUUCGCUACUAAGCAGGAAUCCUACGAGGAGAAUGUGUACCCCUUAUUCAAGUCGCUCGACCGUCUUGAGGGCAUCUUGGCCGGUCACGGCAAGCCCUUCAUACUCGGGGACCAGCUCACCGAAGCCGAUGUACGUCUAUACCCAACGAUAGUACGAUUCGACGUCGCGUAUUACACCGUGUUUCUAUGUAAUCUCAAGAGUAUCCGACACGAUUAUCCGCACCUAAACAAGUGGCUGCGCCGACUUUACUGGGACGAGGGCAGCAAAGUAACUGAUGGUGCUUUUCACAAGACUAGCGCCCCGUGGAUUAACUUGUAUGCUCAAGGAUAUGCGACCGCGAGGCCAAGGGUCGCUAAGAUCGAGGGUCCUAUCAUAAUUCCUCGGGGCCCGGCAGUGCCUGUCGAGCCCUUGGCCGAGAAUGAGAAGAUAUGGUGA